AUGUUCAAGCUUAUGAAGAAGAAGAAGCCCAAGGACCAGAAGACGAGCGCCGAAGACAGGAAGCCGAAGACCGGGAGGAAGAGCGCUUCGGCGACAAAUAGUGUCCAGCAAUCGAUUGUCGCCAUCGAGCGACAGGCCGAGGUGCGCGAUUUCUGCCAGGCCGUCCUGCAGCUAAAAGUCUCUGGCAUCGAAGCGGCGUUCCAGCGAAACCCACGGAAGUGCGAUAUGAAAAAGUGCACCGUGUUCUCGCGCAAUCAGGCCAAGAACCGGUACAAGGAUGUGGGCUGCCUGGAUGACGGCCGGGUGAUUCUGCGCGACAACGGCGGCAACGACUACAUCCACGCAAACUAUGUGGCCACGCCCGAGAAUCCGCAUCGCUUCAUUUGCUGCCAGGCGCCGCUCGAGUCCACCUGUGCUGACCAUUGGAAAAUGAUCGUUCAAGACGGCGUCGAGGUCAUUUUGAUGCUGUGUGACUUUUUGGAAAAAAAUUUAAAGAAGUGCGCCGAAUACUUUCCCAUGGACCCGGCCAGCCCAAAAACCUUCGGCCCGUACACGAUUCACCUGAAGAAGAAAGAAAUGAUGAAAUGGGAAUGCCAGACGCAAGCGGAAGUGGUGGUGUCUCAUUUUACGGUCGAAGUGGACGGUCGUCAGGUGCACCAGUUGACCCACUACCACUGGCAGAAAUGGCCGGACCGGGGGGUGCCCACCGCCGAUCAGGCCCUCAUCUACCUUUUGAAGACUUUCUCGCAGACCGAGAAGCCCAUCGUCGUCCAUUGCUCAGCGGGUAUUGGACGCACCGGGUCGAUCGUCCUCAUUCAGUACAUCCUCGAGUCGAUCAACGCUGGCAGCAAGGCCUGCAACGACGUCGAGAAGCUGCUUACCGAUCUGCGAAAGCAGCGGGCCAAUUCAGUGCAGACACACCACCAAUACCUCUUUGUUCACCAGGUUCUCCUCAACUACUUCUACAAGGAAGGCUUCCUGGACAAAUCCGUUGAGCCCUUCAUCGCAGCGUUCAGCGCCGCCUACGAGAAGGCCACCUCCGAGUCGAAGGACAAGCCCACAAACGAAGCCAGCUACUGCGGCGAAGUGAAGCGCCAACACGAUCUCCAAACGCUACAU